AUGAUAACACAGCUUGCUAAGAAUGGGUUCGCAGAAGAUUCAAUUGAUCUCUUUACUCAAUUUAAAAGCCUGGGACUUAAACCUGAUGGGCAGAUGUUCAUUGGAGUUUUAUCUACAUGUAGUGUGAUGGGAGAUAUCGAUGAGGGAAUGCUGCACUUUGAAUCCAUGAGCAGGGAUUAUGGCAUUAUACCAUCAAUGGCUCAUUUUGUCAGUGUAGUAGACAUGAUCGGCAGCAUUGGGCAUCUGGAUGAAGCCUUUGAGUUCAUUGAAAAAAUGCCAAUGGAGCCAAGUCCUGAUAUAUGGGAGACUUUGAUGAAUCUGUGUAGAGUUCAUGGGAACAUUGGGCUGGGGGAUCGCUGUGCUGAGCUAGUUGAGCAGCUAGAUUCAUCUCGUUUAAGUGAUCAGUCAAAGGCUAGCCUUGUACCUGCAAACGAUCAUUAUAUCCAUGGGGAGAUUGGAAUUUUGUAUAACCAGGCUCUUCCAUACCAAUAA